AAUAUCCCUUCUCCCGUCCGGAUUCUGCGGUUCUCUUCGCACUCUCGAAAAUACUCCCUCCCUCUCUCCCCCUCCUCGUGCAGUCACAGUCACUGAAGAGGGCAGCUGAUUGGAGAAGAAGAAGCCUUCCCAACAAGUGCAGCAACCCUAUCCUCAUGCACUCGCUGCAGCAAGUUUACGCCCUCUUCAGCCCAAUUGCUCACGUCCCUCUUCUAAACCAUAGUCGAUUCCCUGAAGCAGCUGCUUCUCCCUUCUCCCUCUCAUUUCUUCUCUCCUUUCGCACGCGUUCUUCCUUAAUCUCCUCAGAUCAGGUCCUCUGCUACCCGCAGAUCAAUCGAGCAGAGACUGAAGGAUUUCCAAGUAAUGGCGGAAGGAAAGCUGCCCCACUUGCUUAUGCCGUUCAGAAGAACAUAAAGGAGAAGAGUUCCAGAAAGGAGCAUCACCUUUGGAAGAGGAGAGAGACAGCUGGAUCUGGGCAAAAGGCAUUAAACCUUGUAUCAAUUGUAACCAAACUUUCAAAUGAGAAAGAGACAGUAUAUGGUGCAUUGGAUAAGUGGGUGGCAUGGGAAACAGAAUUUCCUUUGGUUGCAGCAGCUAAAGCUCUUGGAAUAUUGCGGAAGAGGAACCAGUGGCUGCGAAUAAUUCAGGUUACUAAAUGGAUGCUAAGCAAAGGCCUAGUGUUGACAAUGGGAACAUAUGACACACUUCUGUUGGCUUUUGACAUGGACGGGAGAAUUGAUGAAGCAGAAACUGUUUGGAGGAUGAUCUUGGAAACUCAUACACGUUCUGUUCCUAGACGAUUGUUUUCUCGAAUGAUGUCCUUGUAUGAUCAUCAUCAUAUGCCAGAGAAGCUUUUAGAGGUAUUUGCGGACAUGGAAGAGCUGGGGGUGAAACCAGAUCAAGACACUGUUAGAAGAAUCGCUCGUGCAUUUCACAAGCUUGGCCAAGAAGACAAAAGAAAACAGGUGAUACAGCGAUAUGGUCUCAAGUGGAAGUACAUCCAUUUCAAUGGGGAGCGAGUUAGAAUAAAAAUUGCAGAAGAAGAUGGCUAGUCAGCUGUAGAUAGGUCCUGCGUACGUGUUGUGCAUGCUAUAGCAUCACGUACGCACAGCCGUAUAUACUGUAAAUGAGAGAGAUGUACAUUCCAAAGUCCUCUAUUAUAAGAAACAUGCAAGAGAGGCCUUUGGAGAUAUUUUCAUUUUUACCACCUAAAUUUCAUAUGCGGUAAUUGCAUAAACGAAAACAUUGAACAAUUUCUUGCAGAUUAUGAAAUUAUUGUUCUUCUAAAGUUUAGAACGGAGAAACUGUCCCACCACCGGACACUAGAUUAUGGCAUGUAAAGAUUGGCAGAAAUGUAGAUUAUUUUAUUUAGUUAAGCACUUCAUGACUGUCUUGA